AUGAACUCGGAAAUCCAUAUUUGGGAUUUGGACAUUAUGAAUACCGUAACUCCGUUCUUGACAUUGGGAAAACAAUCGAGUUCUCGUCGAAAAAAGCGCGACAACAGCCAACAGGGCCAUUCGGACGCGGUCAUCUCGUUGGCGUGGAAUCGUCUGACGACGCACGUGCUCGCCAGCGGCGGCGCCGACAAACAAGUGGUGUUGUGGGAUUUGGACGAGGCGAAGCCGGCGCAGGCGAUACCGAAUCGCGGCGGCGAAGUGCAAAGCCUCCGCUGGCAUCCGAACGAGUCGACGUUCAUUCUGCUCGGCACAAUGAACGGCGACGCGCAGGUUGUCGAUUGUCGCGACACGUCCGGACAGCCGUCGGCCGCUUGGAAGUUCGAUGGGCAAAUCGAGAAGGUGCUCUGGAAUCACUUCAAUCCGUUCACCGCCUUCGUUUCCAGUGAUGAUGGAAAAUUGCGAUAUUUGGACAUGCGCAAACCGGGCGAAUGCAUUUGGGAGGGAAUCGCGCACGAGGGUCCCGUUGGCGGAUUGACGCUGUCGGCGAAGACUCGCGGAUUAUUGGUGACGGUUGGAGAGGAUCAGAUGAUGAACGUGUGGAAGGUGAACGAUUCGACGAAUUCCAUCGACAAAGUGCAUUCGGAGAAGUUGCACAUCGGCGAGCUCCACUGCGCUCAGUUCAAUCCCGACGUCGCCGCGGUGUUGUCGAUCGGCGGCACCGCCGAGGAUCUGAUUCGCGUCGUCGAUCUCACCAAAUACGAGCCGGUGGUGGAGGCGUUUUCGCAAUAG